UAUCACCCGUGACAGCAGAAGACAGAACAGAGUGUGCUUUGCCAGUGGAGUGACAGGCUAUGGAUCACAAACAUCAGCGUGUGGCACUAAAUGAUGGCCAUUUCAUUCCUGUACUAGGAUUUGGCACCAAUGUAUCUGAAAAGGUUCCAAAGAGUGAGGUAUUCAAGGUCACCAAAAUAGCAAUAGAAACUGGGUUCCGCCAUAUUGAUUCUGCUUAUGUUUAUGAAGUAGAAGAGGAGGUAGGACUGGCCAUUAGAAGCAAGAUUGCAGAUGGCACUGUGAAGAGAGAAGACAUAUUCUAUACUUCAAAGCUUUGGUCCACUUUUCAUAAACCAGAUUUGGUUCAAUCAUCCUUGGAAAAAUCACUGAAAAAACUUCAGCUGGACUAUGUUGACCUCUUUCUCAUUCAUUUCCCUCUGCCUUUGCAGCCUGGGACAGAGUUGAUUCCAAGAGAUGGACAAGGAAAACUACUAUUUGAAACAGUGGAUCUCUGUGACACAUGGGAGGCCAUGGAGAAGUGUAAGGAUGCAGGAUUGACAAAGUCCAUUGGGGUGUCCAACUUUAACUGCCAGCAUCUGGAGAUGAUCUUGAACAAACCAGGGCUCAAAUACAAGCCUGUGUGCAACCAGGUAGAAUGUCAUCCUUAUCUCAACCAGAGGAAACUGCUGGACUUCUGCACGUCAAAAGACAUUGUUCUGGUUGCCUAUGGUGCUCUGGGAAGUUGCCGAAGCAAAUGGGUUGACCAGAGCACUCCGGUUCUCUUGGAUGAUCCAGUUCUUGGUGCCUUGGCAAAAAAGCACCAUCGAUCCCCAGCCCUGAUCGCCCUCCGCUACCAGCUGCAGCGUGGGCUUGUGGUCCUGGUCAGGAGUUUCAAUGAGAAGCGGAUCAAAGAGAACAUGCAGGUUUUUGAAUUUCAAUUGACCCCAGAAGACAUGAAAAUCUUAGAUGACCUCAAUAGGAAUGUUCGAUUCUAUCCUAUGCUUUUUUUUAAUGGACAUCCCAAUUAUCCAUUUUGGGAGGAAUGUUGACAUGGAGCCCUUUGUCAUCACUUUGACCUUGAACCCCUGCUAAGGAACCGUGAUGUGAGCAGCAUCUCAGAGGCUGGUAGGUUGGACACAUCAAUUCUAAUCCAUGCUGUUUGUUAACUCACACUCACUGGAACUCUUUCCACAUGUCAGGAAGAUUGGGGCUAAAUUUUUGUUGCCUUUCAAACAAUAAAAUAAAGUUGUUUUCCCAAAGAU